UAUACUUAAUAACCAGUGUUACAGAUAUAAACUGAAUAUUUUCAGAUUGUGUUUAAGCAAUUCAAAAAUGGCUGGCAUCGGAGAACAACCAAAAAAGAGAAUCAAACUUGGGCACUCGUCAAAACCCGAGGAUAAGAAUGUAAACUACAUGUGCCCAGUGUGUUUUGAGAUUCUAAACGAGCCCUACAUGACAAAGUGCGGACAUACGUUUUGUCACAGCUGUUUGGAGAAGACAAUUGAACAAUCUCCUAGGUGUCCCAAGUGUAGUUUCAGUAUAGAGUCCUUGACAGAUAUAUUUCCAAACUUCCUGCUUAACGAACUGGUUUCUGGAUAUAAACAGAGCCUAGCUGCUAAACUUAAGACUGGCCCCUCAUCUCUGAGUCUAAAUGUUGGCGGAAUCAGAGACUUUCUUGCCAAAAAUUCUGAUUCAAUGAGCUUGCCAGAGAUAGAUUUCGUGAUAUCAGUUCUACGGACUAAGAAGGAUCAGUUAGAAGCUCAUUCAUUCCUAGCUCAGCAGCAGCUUCUCAGAGAGUUCCUACAGCAUAUGAAAAGGCAGAAGGAUGAAGAACUGUUUAAAAUUCAGAAGGAGUCUGCAGUGAUCCAGGAGGAUCUGGAUAGAGUAGCACACCUACUUAGGGAGCUAGAGUCAUCCGCUACUACAGGAGGAGUACUUCAUGAUCCAGAAGGAGAUAAUUCUAAUUCGGAUGCCAGUGUAGUUCCUUCUCUUGAGUUCUCUCAGAUCGCUGGGUUCAACAUACUAGCAGAUAAGAGUGCUCUUGUGGGUGUACCUAAUGACCUUCCUGCCCGUAGACUUAGGAUGCAUCAUCAUUUUGAGGAUCUAGUCACGUGCUAUAAGAACUCCAGGAUGGAUGAACUGAGCAUUCCGGGUGCAACGUUAGAGCCUCAACCUGAUACAAGUGAUAAAUGGAACGGUUUAGAUACUUUCUCCGAUUGUCUUCAUCAUUUAACCAGAUACAGCGGAAUGAGACCAUUGAGUACGUUGAACUACACUACAGAUAUUUACAGCAAUUCUUCAAUAGUGUCAAGUAUUGAGUUUGACAAGGAUCAAGAGUUCUUCGCUAUUGCCGGGGUCACGAAACGGAUCAAGAUCUAUGAUUAUAAUGUUGUUCUUAAGGAUAUGGUUGAGAUCCAUUACCCUAGCUCGGAGAUGGUUUGCUCCUCAAAGAUAUCCUGCAUAUCAUGGAGUGCAUUCCACAAAAACACUCUAGCCUCCAGUGAUUAUGAGGGAACGGUUAGUGUUUGGGACACAGUCACAGGACAACGUACAUCUGUAUUCCAGGAGCACGAGAAGCGAUGCUGGAGUGUUGACUUUAAUCAAGUUGACACUAAACUCAUUGCCAGCGGUUCAGACGAUGCCAGGGUUAAGCUGUGGACCGUGAAUUCAGCACAUUCUGUAGCAAGCCUAGAGGCGAAGGCGAAUGUUUGCUGUGUAAAGUUUAACCCUGGUUCUCCAUACAAUCUGGCCUUUGGGUCAGCUGAUCAUUGUGUACACUACUACGAUCUCAGGUCGACGAAGAAAGCAUUAACAGUAUUGAAGGGACACAAGAAAGCUGUCAGUUACGUCAAGUUCCUCAACAACGAGGAUCUUGUAUCUGCGUCUACAGAUUCACAGUUAAAACUCUGGAAUGUUAACCAGCCCUACUAUGUCAGAUCUUUCACAGGUCACGUGAAUGAGAAGAAUUUUGUUGGUCUGGCGACGGAUGGAGAUUAUAUAACAUGCGGGUCCGAGAAUAAUGGAUUAUACGUCUAUUACAAGGGACUCUCCAAAAGUCUUUUCCAGUUUAAAUUUGAUGCAGUGAAGUCGUUCCUAGAUCGUGAUAGAAAAGAGGAAGAUGUAAAUGAGUUUGUGUCAGCUGUUUGCUGGAAACAGAAUAGUAAUGUUAUAGUCGCGGCCAAUAGUCAGGGUACAAUUAAG